GCAACCGCAAGCCAAAUGCUCUCUCGCACACAGUUCCUGAAGCUUUUUCCUGUUUUCCAAGGGCGUUUCCAUGUUUUGCUCUUUCCACGCCCCCCUCCCUCCCAGGCGUGCAGGAGCGGCCCCUGGGGCCAGCGUGCAGCCCCUGCCUCCCAAAAGCGCCCUCCGCCGGGAGCCCGGGAGCCCGGGAGGCCCGACAGCCGAAGCCGCCCGCAAGGCUCGGGAGCGUCAGAACCGAGGCAGCAGGACGAAAUCGAGAAUCCCCGGGGCGCCGCCCUGGGUUGGGACGUGCCAUUCGUGGCGCGGGGAGGAAGGCGGCGGUAUGGAGGGGCCCCCGGAGGACCUACGUUUCCCGGACAAACUCAGGAUCCGCUCUAUGGUUACUUUGCUGCCGUAGCUGGACAGGAUGGGCAAAUAGAUGCUGAUGAAUUGCAGAGAUGCCUGACACAGUCAGGCAUUGCUGGAGGAUACAAACCUUUUAACCUGGAGACUUGUCGGCUUAUGGUUUCAAUGCUGGAUAGAGAUAUGUCAGGCACAAUGGGUUUCAAUGAAUUUAAAGAACUCUGGGCUGUGCUGAAUGGCUGGAGACAACACUUCAUCAGUUUUGACAGUGAUCAGAGUGGAACAGUGGAUCCUCAAGAACUGCAGAAGGCCUUGACCACAAUGGGUUUUCGUUUGAGUCCCCAGGCUGUGAAUUCAAUUGCAAAACGAUACAGCACCAAUGGCAAGAUCACCUUUGAUGACUACAUCGCCUGCUGUGUCAAACUGCGAGCCCUGACAGACAGCUUUCGAAGACGGGAUACUGCUCAGCAAGGUGUUGUGAAUUUCCCAUAUGAUGAUUUCAUCCAGUGUGUCAUGAGCGUUUAAACCAAGAAGCCGUAUGAACACAACCAACCAACAGCAUUCCGAUUGGAGUUCUCUCUUGCUCUUACUCUUUGCCUUCAGCCACUGUGUGUAAACUUGCAGCGCUGCUUUUCCUUAUUAGCUGUCAUAAAGAUUUAUUACUUUAUGUACAAUCAAAGUUUUUAGUGUUGAUAAUAAAUUCGUUGGAAUUUUACGAAUAUAAAAUCAGGUCUCUUACCCCAUUUAUAAUUUCCUAAAGCCAUUGUCAGUGAUGCUUUAUUUUCUCACUAAACCUUUUAUGUAAAUUUUGGUGUACAAAAUGUUUAAAUCACUAGCCCAAAUUUUUCACUGUAAGAUUCUUAAAAACCUUUUCAUUAGACCACAGCUCUUGUCUUUCCUAGAGGAGCUUUUACAUGGUAGUAAAAGCUUUAUGUAUGGAGUAUUCUUAUAAUUUAUUCUCACUUGGAUGCAAACAGAAACAAAAACCCAUGGUAAUUAAUAGGGUUCACUUGAGUGGGAACUUAGCACCAGCUUUUUAAGGCUUACACAUUUUUGAUGGCCUCAUGAUUGGACAGGGAGCAGAAAUGAUUAUUUUCUCUUGAAAACCUGCAUCAGUUGAAUGGCAAAUAUGAUCUGUCACCAAGUUUGUUGUCGUCAACCACCUAGACCUUUGUUAGCUCUACUUAAAAGUCUUAUAAAUUAUGAACUUAACUGUAUAAAAAAAGAAAACUGAUAGAAAGAAAACUAAGGUAAUAAUAUGAAAAUAUUAACUAUGGUCAUUUUUGGUUUAUGAGAUUCCAGGUGACUGUAAUUUCUUUUAUAGAUUUCAGUACUUUGCAAGUUUUCUAUAAUGUGUGCACUUUCCUUUUAAAAUCAGAAGAUAAUAAUCUUUUAAGUGUGUUCACAGUCACUUUAAAAACUGUACAUGGCAAAAGGACCAGACAGAGAGGACCACAAUGUUGGUGCUGCUACCCCUGGGAGUCAGGGUCAGGAACCGAUUUUCUUCCUUCCCAUGACUCUUCAUCUGAUAAGUAUUACUCUUGUAGUGGAAGACUUUUUUUUUUUUCUUUUAAUUUUUAAAUCAUGUGCUUUUAAAUAAGAUCUGGAUUCUCACGCUGGCUGUGCCUCUUCCUGAAUAUGUGAUUUUUGUCAUCUCAGAUACUCUUAGCUUCCCCACCUUUGAAAAGGAAGUUAAUACUCCAUGGGGGUAGUUCUGAACAUGAAAAAGUGUGUUGGUAUAACAAUAGUAUUUCUGUUUCUUAAAUUUUAAAACUGGCCUGGUUUGCUCUUUUCUGCAAGAGAGCAUAGCACAUGAAACCGUGAAAUUCACCUGUUUUCUCCCUGCCAGCAGAGUAUGUGUCUUACUUCAGGGCAUAGUGUGAGAGUUAUCAUUCAGAUGAUCAGUUAGUUGUCAACCAAUGAAAAAAUAAAAUAUUCCUAAGCAUCUUCAGCCUUAUUUCACUUGGUUAUGUUUUUUUCAAAUAUUGCUACAAUACAUUAAUUUUAUAAAUAUUUAUACAAUCUUAGCUUAUGCAUCCACAUCAAAUAGUCACACUGGGGCUUGCAUAUCAGACCGUGAUGCAGCCUGCUUUAUGUUAUCUGGUGACUCUAGGUUUCAUUUUACAUACACAGCUUGGCAUGAGCCAGAGCUGUUCAGAAAUGGGCCAGAGAGGGCUCAGAGGACCAGGAGGGAGGGAAUUCACCCUCAGAGUUGGUUUUAGUCUCACUGGAGUCCCAUAAAGAAGGGAUAGUUUGAGGAAAUGGUGACCUCCUGGGUCACCCUAAUGUGGUAAGGAGGAAGGCCCUUGCUAGCUCAUGAUUAUGGACCAUAUUUGAACCAUCCUACUGGUUAGGUAAGUCCUAAGGUAUGCUGUGUCAGUCUUGGUUCUGGAUUUGCUUUUUGGAUAAAUGCUGAAGCAUCAACAAAACUGUGUCUCUGGAAAUACUCAGUUUUAAUUAUUGGUACUUCAUAGCAAGGCUCCUUAUCUCCUCCAUUUCUGCUUUCACAGUUUCUUUCUGAAAGCACAGAGCCUAGUCUUCAGGAUGUCCCUGCACUUAGAAAUUGUUUCCUUCCUCUUGACAAAUUUAACAUAUCCAUCCCCUUUAAUUACAGCCAAAGUCUUCAUUACAAAUGAAUCUUGGGUUGCAUUAUUUAUGUUGGGUUCUGUGUUCCAUUCAUUAUAAACUUUUAGUGCAGCCUUGCCUAAUUCUUAAAACUUUCUUGGUCUACUCUUAAAACAGCUAGCUGGAGCAUGGUCAAGCUGUGAACCCAAGCUGGACUAGUUCAGUUAUUUGGAGAUUAAGUUCCUCAAAAACUGCCAGCUUAAGCUUUAGCUUUCAUUUGGAGAUAUGUGCUUUUAGUACUGUGUUGCAAGAGGUAAAGUACCUGUAUGUAACCCUUUUCAGGCACUGAAUGUGCCUACAGGAAGUGCCUUUCAGGCACUGAAUGUGGCUACAGGAAGCCAGGCACUUCCUUGAGGACAGCUGGCGUAGAUUUGCACCACAGCAGUCGUACAUAAUUAAUCAUAGCCUGCACUCUCGUAGAGCCAAAGUGGAGGUGAGACUCCCAUUUCAGCAUGAUGUUCUAGGUGGUACCAUCAGCCCAUGAGAGGCAACAUGAACUAAAACUUGUACUUAUCCCAGCUAGACUUUGCUUUUUUGCUCAGCUGAGUGUUACUCUUUCAGUAUUCAUCCGGAUGAUUCUGUGCCUAAAAUAUUAUAAAUACAAGAAAUGCAGCUAUAUGUAUUCACCCCCAAGGUUUUUUUAAUCUAAUAAACAUACAAACCUUG